AUGGUGGCUGGAAACAAAGUGCCGAGUCUAAAACACUUUAUCCAGAGAGCCCGAGUACUAUCUUUAUGGCGAGAUAUACUGCGAGCAUUAAAACGUGUCAAUGACCCUGUGACAAGGUCGGAGCUGCAUGAUUACGCGCGGCAAGAGAUCUUGAGAAAUAAGAACAUUGAUGAUAUUACUCAUAUACGGUAUUUGAUAUCGUGA